AUGUCGGCUGCCACGCCGCAAUCGACAACACCCAUGGCCAUGCCCCCAGCGUCCUCGUCCCAAAUAGCUUCUUCCCCACCAGGCGUAACCGCUGGCGCAACCAGCGGCCCAAGUUUUCCACAGUACUCGGCCUCGACGGCUGCGAUUCUUGAGAGGCUCCAGGGAAAGAGUGGUCAUGCCGCUGGCAGUGCUGCAUUCGAGGCCAAGCGGGCAGAAAUCCUCCAGAGUUAUGUCACGAGCGACAAGCUGCCGACGCCCCCACCUGCCGUGGCCACCGGACGCAGGGGAAGAGGAGGCAGAGUGAGCACGCCGAGCAACCUCAAGACCGAAGUCGGCACAUCGCCUGCGCCCACGUCGUCUGGCCGCGCAUCUGGCAGAGGGCGUGGACGGGGGCGCGGCGGGCGGGGUGGAAGAGGAGGCAAGCGAAAGCGCUCCGACAGCGACGAGGAAAGCCAUAACGACGACGACGGCGACUCGGACGUCUCGGAUUCGUACACACCACUUCCUACGAGGACAAAGUCUGGCCGCAGUGUCAACAAGCCCGUCGCAUUCGUCCCAGUCAUUCCAGAGCCGGCUCAGGGUGUGAAGCGGAGAAAGUCAACCAAGACGCUCCUCGCCGCCAAGUGCAAGACGUGCCACCGAGAAACCGACCCGUCGAACAACCGGAUAGUAUUCUGUGAUGCCUGUAGUACUGCCUAUCACCAAUACUGUCACGAUCCGCCUAUCGAUAACGAGGUAGUCACUGUACUAGAGAAGGAAUUUCUAUGUACCCCAUGUACGCGAGCAAAGCAGACUGCUGUCGAGGGUGCACACGAUCUGGUUGUUGCCGAGGACCUGUCGGUUGAUCAAAAACGUGCAUAUUUUUCCACACUCCCUCAACAACAACUAGUCAGCCUCCUCCUAACAGCCACAAUCCGACAUCCGGAGCUCCCCGUCUUCCCUCCAAACGUUCGGACUCUUAUAUCCGACAUAUCAAAUGCUAAAGCGCAGCCGCAAGAGCACCAAGAACAACAGCAGCAGCAGCAACAGCAAGAACAAGUACAACAGAAUCAGCAACAGCCACCUCCGCCAACCCUCCAACAGCCCUCAACAACAUCACCUGCAAAUGGUGCUACACCCCAGUUCUCAUCACAUCCACAGUCGGAAUUAGGAUCGACAGAAGCCCAAACCUUGGGUGAUAACAGUCAUCAACCCCGGACGACGAUUGAUCUGGCUGGCAAUCAGUACGACGAAGAUGACGGCUACGACACCGAUCCACCUGCGCACUACCCCAAAGCCGGCAACGGACUCGCGCGGACGUUGCGUCCUGAGAGCGAAGACCUGAAUUGGCUUGUCGACGACAACUUUGAGGUUUUCAGCCAUGGGUGGAAAGGUGAUGGCACGGGCAUGGGUGCGGACGGUACGCUGGAUGGUUUAGGCGAGGGACAGAAAGUGGUCUAG